AUUUUAAUAUGCUACCGUAUAUUUUGCACCGGAGAUCUGCUUCCGACGCGUCGUUUCGACGACGCCGUUGAUCAGUGGAUAAGAAGCCCCUGAAGCCGGGCAAUCGCCGGUCUCGGAAACUGGUAGCUGUAGCCUGAGAGGACAAAGCUGCGAAGAAAUGUCCAAGAACCUGGACCUCCCUCUGAUCGACCUCUCCUCUACCGACCGCGCCGCCGCCGCUCGAUCGAUCCGCCAGGCGUGCGUGGAGUAUGGAUUCUUCUAUCUGAUAAAUCACGGAAUCGAGGAUGGUGUUUUUCGGAAGUUGUUUGAAGAGAGCAAGAAGUUUUUCUCGUUGCCUCUAGAUGAGAAGAUGAAGCUUGAACGCAAUGGGGCUCACAGGGGCUAUACUCCCAUGUAUGCCGAGACCCUUGAUCCUUCAUCCAAAUUUGAAGGGGAUUUGAAGGAGAGUUUCUACAUUGGUCCUGAGGAAGGCAGCAAUCUGCAAAACAACAAUCAAUGGCCUUCAGAAGAAAGUUUGCCAUUUUGGAGAAUCACAAUGGAAUCAUAUUAUGAAAAAGUCCUGACGGUUGGCAAAAGAUUGAUCUCGUUGAUUGCUUUGGCUUUGAACCUUGAUGAUCAGUUCUUCGAGAAAAUUGGGGCAUUUCAUUCCCCAAUGUCAUUUCUUCGCCUAAUACAUUAUCCAGGUGAAUUGGCUGCUUCCGAUUAUGGUAAUUUUGGUGCAUCAGCCCAUUCUGACUAUGGAAUGGUUACACUUUUAGUAACUGAUGGUGUCCCUGGUCUUCAGAUUUGCAGGGAAAAAGACAAACAUUCACAGCUAUGGGAGGAUGUUCAUCAUGUUGAUGGAGCUUUCAUUGUUAAUGUUGGGGAUCUGUUAGAAAGGUGGACUAACUGUUUGUUCAGAUCGACAUUGCAUAGAGUCCUGGCAGUUGGGCAAGAACGCUACUCUGUUGCCUUCUUUUGUGAUCCACAUUAUGAUUGUGUGGUUGAAUGCUUGGAAAGUUGUUGCGGUGAGACAUCUCCUCCCAGGUUUCCUCCUAUCCGUUGCGGUGACCAUCUGGAGGAGCGGAUAAGAACUUCAUACGCUUCUAAAUGAUGGGGGUUGAGAACGUAGAACAGCAGGUUCAUGUAGAUAACUACUGUAAACCCAAUUUAUAUGAUUUCAGAGGUUAGGUUAUCUGUAUACCUGUAUUUCUCCAUAUGUCUGUAUAUCACUUCUCAUAAAAUAAUGUUGCAGUUGCAUGUUAAAUUUGCUUGCAAACAGAUGCUCUUAAUUGUGUUUGCUUCCAAGUUGUUCAUCUUGGAGGAUGCUUCGCAUCACAGCGCUAUGUUGUGGACACACAGUGAGAGAUGCAGUAUGCUGUGGAAAGCUGUUGAACUACAGACUUCUCAAAAGAUGUCCAUAUUUCAUAUUGUUAUUUGUUUUUAUUCAAUUCCUACUGUUUAUGAAGAAAAUACUCUAGAUGGAUACAAGUUUAAAUAGAAGCCAUGGCACAAAAUUUUCAGAUUGUUUAUUUAUAAUUUUCAACAUUGAAAGCUGUCAAUUUCGUAAUGAAAGAGUGGUUUUGGCCGUGUAA